UUCUGGAUGAGCGAAGCUAAUCGUUGAAGCAACCGAAACAAAACCCGAUCUGAGAAGCACAAUAUAUGAAUCUAGAGUAUGCGAAGGUUUAAAUAAGCUUAUCUUCAGUUCCUUUUUACACAAUUGAACAGGAUUUUAUUUUUGGUAGCACUAUGUUUUCCUUUAUCAUAUCAUUUUUACCAACUUCCUACAUACCGGGAUGGCUGGCUCUAGAUACAAAUCCUCUGAAUAGUUUUCUUCAAGGUCUGGUAGGUGCGUGUGGGAUCUCUGUGCUAUGCUCCCUGCUGAGAAUACAUUUACUGGUAGAGGAGAGCUGGAGUGAUAAGUAUGCUAAAGACACGUCCAGUGAGAGGACGAACAGCCAACAAAAGAAGAGUAAUACUGGCCUUGCUGGAAUAGUCCACUUUUUCUUUGUGACUGGGAUAUUAGCUGUGGUGGGCUCACGUGUGUCCUCUCUGGUGGUAUUAGAAUUUUGUCUUCGUGCUGUCUCUGGAUGGGUUACAGCUGGACCGGAGUCCAAGAAAUUUCUGCAGCAGCUGUUAGUUCAAAGCCAGUUCUCACUGGGUUGUGCCCUUAGCUGCAGUUUGAACUUUCUCCACGAGGGGGCGGCCCAGCGCUGGCUUUGCCUGCUGCUGGCAGCGUCACUCAGCUGGUUCCUGGCGAGGCAAUCCACUCGGAUGCUGCACCAUGUCAUGGCUCUGUAUAAACUCCAUAGCUCACAGCGCUACUGCGGCAUUUGCAUCAGCCUCCUCACAUCAGGCAGCUGUCUGCUGCCCAUGCUGUGCAGGACUAUGAUCAUUACCUUCUCUGUGGCUGUGCUGGCUGCAGUAUCAAUCAUUAACCAACACUUCCUCUCUGCAACAGAAGCACUUAGAUUUUGGACACCACUGACUAUCUGCUACACACUGCUGGUGGUGUACAUGCAAGUUCCACCUUGUCUUGGUUGUGCAGAGGAGCAGCAUCGUCUGCCCAGCGGCCAGGCUGUCCUUAACACAGUGGUGGUACGCCUCGGGGGUUUGAUGGUCCUGAUGCUGACUGUUGGACGCUGGGCUGACGUGCUCCACAUCUUAAUGUGUUUCCUGGGCGAGGCCGGCUGUCUAAUCCCCACUAUGGAUCUGCUGGAUGCGGCAUCCUCACAGGAUGAAGAGGAUUAUACGGGCUAUGUUAAAAGAGACCUUCGUCAAAAACCACGGCGACAUGAGAAGGAACAUCACUCUGAGAUUUUGAAAUCCAGUGGAACUGCUUCCAAAUGAGUCUAUUUAGUCCAAGUCAUAUUAAGGCGAGAUAAGCUAUUGUUGCUUUUGUACCAGCAAUGUAUUGUUUUUCCAUUAAAUAUUUUAAAUGUUAUGCAAAUACAGUUUACAGUUCUUCAGCCACAAACUAAAGUAUUUCUUAACACUGGAUCUUAGUCUUACUGCAAUUUGCAUUUCCCUGCUGUUGCCUUACUAAAGUUACCAUGCACUUUUGGGUAUGUGUGACCUCCUAGCUCAGAAUCCUUGUAACCCCCUCCAUGGCCUCACUGUUUUAUUAAGCAUGUUGUAUAUUUGAGGAUUAUUUUGAUUAUUGAACAACUACAGUGCUCUGUCGAUCCAAGGCAAAGUUAAGGUAAGGGUUUGGCUUUCUUUGGAGAAAAUAUAUGUGUGCUAAAUUAUUGGGAAACUACUGGUGUGCAGAAUUCUUAUGAAACCACAUGAAAAAUUGCCUAUCUCUUGUUUAUUUUCACCUGUUAAAGUGAGAAUAAUACACAGCUCGAAAUUUGUGAAAUAAAUACAUUUCAUAAAUAAAAUAAAAAAUCUGUGACCAACAUAGCCACCCUUCUUUUCAACAAGUCAUAAGCCUUGUUAAAUAUUAAAUGGUCUGUUCUACUCUAAGUACCAAGCUCCCCAAAACGGGCAUACGUUGCAUGCAAUGGACCAUUGUCCAUUAUGUCUGUUUUUUUCUCAACACGUUUCUUGCAACCCUGUUCAUUUUUAACAUUGUGUUUAACAUUUUUGAAAAUAAUAAUAAUAAUAAAAAAAGAUGCACACAG